AUGGCGGAUCAAAAUACUCCGGCAGGUGAGGGUGGUCCCCCCAAGGGGAUUCCAGCAUUAAAAGCUCAUGUUAUAGCAAAUAAAGUUGAUGUUGCACUUUGGGGCAUUCGACUUUUAACAGUGCUGUGUACAAUAGGAUAUGUAUUGCCGUUAUUCAACAACCCCAUAUCGGCGUUUUACAAGGCGCUGCUUGCCAACGCCGCCACGUCUGCUCUACGCCUGCACCAGCGCAUCGCGCCAAGAGAGAUCGCCCUCUCCAGGGAGUUCCUAGCGAGGUUCUUCCUCGAAGACAGCGCCCACUAUCUGUUCUACUCGCUGAUAUUCAUGAACGUCGCGCCGAACUUGCUGAUUCUGACGCCGAUCUUUCUCUUCGCGUUGCUACACGCCGCCUCCUAUUCGCUGACCAUACUAGACACCCUGGGUCAGAACUCGAUGUGGGUGGCGCGGCUGCUCAUCUCCCUGGUCGAGUUCCAGUCGCGGAACAUCCUCCGCGCCGCUGCCCUCGCCGAGAUCAUGCUGUUCCCGCUGGUGGUCAUAAUGGCCUUCUUCGGCCACUGCGGCCUGCUCACCCCGUUCGUGUACUACUACUCCGUGACCGGCCACUGCGGCCUGCUCACCCCGUUCGUGUACUACUACUCCGUGACGUGGCGCUACGCGUCGCGCCGCAACCCGUACACGCGCAACACGUUCCGCGAGCUGCGCGUGCUCACCGAGCGGCUGGCGGCGAGCCCCAAGGCGCCGGGGCCGCUGCGCGACGCGCUGCUGGCCGCCGUGCGCCUCGCCUGCCGCAUGGCGCCGCCCGACCAGGUGCAGCAA